UGUGCUCGGUAUGUCUAUGUUGUUGCCCGCAUUGUAGUGGCUCUCGAAGAUGGAUUUCUCAAUGGUGAAUAGGCCAUCCCGUCGUUCCCGCUCGAGUGCCCACUGUCAAUUUUGCCAUUGUCGGUGUCCCUGAAGCCGCUGCUUGCUUGCUGCAACUCUGCCGCAAGACUUUGCACCCAGCACUCGCUCGUCGUCCACACUGUCGCCGUCGACAACGAUCCUUCUUUCUCGCAUCCACUCCGCGAGCGCACUACCCAACUAGACAAGGCCAUUGUCUCCAUUGCACACAAAACCACAAAGUCAACACAGCCGCAUUCGCCGACUCCAACACAAUGGAUGCCACAACAGAGAUGAUGGACAGCUCAAGCCAGGGCGAGUACGUUUACGAGAAGAUUCUCAUCUUUGAGAAAGUCGAUGGCAGCGAAACCUCCGUGGCCGUGAUCAUCACGCCGCCGGGCAGUGAUGCCCAUUUGCAACCCGGCGCCGCCUUCGAUGACCAGGGGCGUUUGACUCCAGAAUGGGGCCCGAUUGUUUGGAGCGCCGUGUUUUACUCCGGCCCAGUCGAUGGAGGUCUCGUUUGGUCGGAGAUACAAUACGUUGAAGACAGACCUGAAGGCUCAGAGGAAGUGGCUCUCGAGGGGCCUCACGAAUACGUGCUCGGUCAAUUCUCCCCGCCCAGCAGCAUUCUGGGCACAGGAACGUGGAUGUUGUCGGCUGGUGUGCUGAGAACGGAUGCGGGAGCGAGUCGAAUGGAAGAACGAGUGGUGUCUUGGAAUGCGGCGGAGACCUUGGCCUACGUGACAGACGACAUCGUCUCGCCGGACCCGUCUCUCCCUUCGAUCGUUUCGAGCGGCGACUCGGUCAACGACGAUGGCCCAUCGACGCCCGACUGAGUUUCUGUGACCUAGAAGGAGUUGUCAAAAAGACGAAGAGAAGCGCCCACUCGCC